CGGCCCUAUUCGUCCUUAACGCUAAUUUUCCCUAUGUUUCUUACUCUGGUGGGAUCCGUUAAGGACGUUUUCUAAACGCCCAGAGCCCAGAGCCCAGAGAGUCCCUUUAUCUCCUCCAUUCAUGGCAUUUUGAACAAACUUUUUUCUUUAAUUCUCUGUCUCACUCACGCUCUCUAUCUCCACUCUUUCAUGUCUGCAACAACGAGGAAUUAACUCCCAGAGAGUCCUUUUAUCUCCAUUCAUGGCAUUUAUCGGUCUCUUCCAGACACUCUCUCAACCCCUCUUAAACACCACUAAAUGCUCCCCUCUACUCAUUCCUAACAACAACAUUAACUCUCUCUCUCUCAUCCCUCCCCUUAGACUUCAUCACUUCCCUUCUUCUCUCUCCUCAUGGCAACAUACUACCGCCUCUCCUCCAACUUCACAGAAACCCUCUCAAUUUCCAUCACUGAAAACCCGAGCUCAGUUCAACUUUCGUCUCAUCUUCCCCCCCCAAAACCUCCCUCUCAUCUCUCCGAAUGAUCACUGGGGGACAUGGACCGCCAUUUUCUCUGCUGGAGCUUUUGGACUCUGGUCGGAGAAGAACACGAAGAUUGGGAGUGCUUUGAGUGCAGCUUUGGUUAGCACAUUGGUGGGGUUAGCAGCUAGUAAUUUGGGGAUUGUGGGGUGUGAAGCUCCUGCUUACUCGAUUGUAAUGGAGUAUUUGCUCCCUUUUUCUGUUCCUCUUCUGCUCUUCAAAGCUGAUCUUCGGAGAGUUAUGCAAUCUACUGGGAAAUUGUUAUUGGCCUUCUGGCUUGGAUCAGUUGCAACAACAAUUGGAACAGUUGUAGCGUAUCUGCUGGUACCUAUGCGGUCUCUUGGUAAUGAUAGCUGGAAAAUUGCUGCAGCUCUUAUGAGUAGUUAUAUAGGUGGAGCCAUCAAUUACGUAGCAGUCUCAAAGGCCCUUGGAAUAUCCCCAACAGUUGUGGCUGCAGGAGUGGCUGCAGACAAUGUUGUUUGUGCUAUAUACUUCACAUUUCUUUUUGGAUUAGCUUCUGGAAUACCUCAAGAGAAAUCAGCAUCAACAAAUGACUGCCAAAGGGAGAAGGAAGCCUAUUCUGGUAGCUCACCAGUGCGACAGACAGCAACAGCUCUUGGUUUAUCUCUUGCCAUUUGCAAGUUUGGAAUGCAACUUGCAAAGUUGAUUGGUAUCCAAGGUGGAGGUAUUCCAUGCAUUACAGCAAUUGUGGUAAUGUUGGCAACAGUAUUCCCAGAACAAAUCGGCUCUCUUGCACCUGCUGGAGAAUCCAUGGCUUUGAUUUCAUUGCAGGUCUUUUUUGCUGUUUUGGGAGCAAGUGGGAGCAUAUUUAAUGUUAUUCACACGGCACCUGGUAUCUUUGCUUUUGCAUCGAUCCAGGUUGCUGUUCAUCUUGCUGUUAUUCUUGGAGUUGGAAGACUGAUAGGAUUUGAUCAGAAGCUCUUGCUGAUGGCAUCAAAUGCCAAUGUGGGUGGCCCUACAACAGCCUGUGGAAUGGCAACUGCCAAGGGAUGGGGGACUCUUGUAAUGCCUGGAAUUCUUGCUGGCAUAUUUGGAAUUAGCAUUGCCACUUUUCUUGGUAUUGGCUUUGGGGUGAUGGUUCUCAAACACAUGUGACAUUAGUCUGGAACACAUCGCAUUCCAAAUGUACUUUAACUUUGUGAAAGGUCCGCUAGCAUAAGUAUUCUGCUUUGUACCAGAUAUGAGCAAUCAAUAGCGGUCAAUUUUAGGGUUGCUUCUCCAGUUUUAUGUGGGGCCAUAUUGCAGUUGCAGGUGCUUAGCACAUGGUUUACGUCUUAAGGACGAUCAUCAUGCCCUUGUAUUUACGUAAAAUUGCCUUAAACAGCAAGAAGCUGUAAGCAGUGCAGUUACAAGUCCUCCCAGACAUGUGGGCAGUUGUUAAUAUCAGUACAAAUUCUCAUUUUUGUGGAUGUUAAA